AAAAGUUAUUGUAUUUAGGUAGAGGCAAUCCAUACACUCUUUGAUGGAUAAAUAGACACAAUAAACGUUUUAAAUAAGCUAGAAUCUGUUUUUUAGACCUAAAAUUAUAACCAACCACCACAAACAUCAAUACCCGGGAUGAGCACGAGAGGGCGCUUUAACACAAUGUCCACCGUGUUCGACUGGGAACGUUUGAUCCGUAUCCAAGGGGAUAACUUUCCUUUGACGUUUAUUUUUUACCCUAUUUUCAACUAAACACAAUCAAUCAACAAUUAAAAAGACGGUUUGUCUUGCUCCAGUGCGGCUGUGAAUACUGUAAAUGGGCGUGACAGCUGCACAACAACAACAUCGACAUCAUCACAACAAAAACAACGGAUCUGCUUCCGGUUUCUGGAUGUAGCUGUCAGACUCCAGCAUCUCUUUUUUAUUUAACGGGGAAACGCUUUAUCAGCAGCUUUAGUAUGAGCGAAGGAGAAGUGUUUCAUGAGAAACAACGGUUGGAGCUGUGCGCAAUCCAUGCCCUCAACAACGUGCUCCAGGAGCGGGUGUUCACCAAGGAGACAGCCGACGACAUCUGCAAACGGCUGGCUCCACAGUGUGUGGUGAACCCUCAUCGCUCAGUGUUAGGUACAGGAAACUAUGAUGUCAACGUCAUCAUGGCGGCACUACAGAGCCGGGAACUGGCUGCAGUGUGGUGGGACAAACGCAGGACGGUUCAGAGCCUCUGCAUGUCAAAGGUCCAGGGUUUUAUUCUUAAUGUCCCAUCACGAGUAUCUCUGGGGAUCGUGUCCCUUCCACUCAGACGGCGGCACUGGCUCGCGGUUCGCCAAGUCAACGGUCAGUACUACAACCUGGACUCCAAACUGAAGAGUCCCGUCUGUAUCGGGGGAGAAGCAGAACUACGCACAUUUCUCAGCGAACAGCUUUCUCAGGAUGUGGCAGAGAUGCUCCUGGUGGUCCGGCGGGAGGUGGAGGAGGACGGUUCGUGGCUGAACUCUGACAUCCCCAAGAAGUGAUGUCUUGGGACAUACCUUUGCAUAGCAUGGAGAAAAAAAACUCCUCUGGGAAAAUGGCAGACUUUUUUUUAAAAAACAAAAACCUCAUUACAGAACACUCUUCAGGGAAUGCACUAAAAUACAUUUAAUAUCUACACACAGAGGAAAUUCCAAAGAGAAGCAGAGAUGGCGUUUACUCCUGACACGAAGAACUGUUUUGAUUGUAACAGCUGUAGAAGCUUUUGCUCCGGUAUGACCCAUGUAUCUGCUUUGUUCUUCUUUUAGUACAGUUGUUUUUAACACUGGGAAGGUGCGUUUAAGAUAACAAAGUCUGAGCAACUGUGGGCUUGUUUGAUGAUAUUUGAGUUGUGACAUAUGACUGAACUAUCACUGUUUUAUCGUAGAAGGAUUGCAGUGUUUGUGCAUGACAACCAUAAGGAUUAUUAGACUAUUUGGUUAGUUUAACUGUCCUAGACUUUUACGAUCAAGUCACCAAAAUCAGAUCAGUAUGUACUCUUUGAACAAAUGUCAGAAAGGAUCAGUUAUCAAGCAGCACCUGAAUGCACCAUCUCUUCCCACAACAAUUGUUGUAAACCUUCUAUGCACUGCGGUUAGAUUUGUUGGCACUGUUUGUCUGUUUGUGUGUUCACACAGAUACUGUAAAGGCAUCACCUGGUGAGGCAUUGAAGGACCACCGGUGUCUUUGCAUGUUUUCAUUUACCAGAAAGCGCUUUCCAUUUUUCAUAGCGUGCCACGGUUCAUUUAGAUCUUUAAAUGUGUUUUGUUCUCCUCCAAGCUGCCUUUGUCUUCCUCUCAUUUAGCUUCAGUUUAAAAAGAAAUCAAUUUGUAGAGAUUUGAAAUGUGGUUGAGAUCUGUAAUCCAUCAAAAUUAACAUUGUGAGCCCUUUUUUUUUGUCAAAGUGACGUUAUCGAUGUGUGAUAACGCAUCCAUUUCCAUUAUCCAUUUCAUCAAGGUAUCAGGUCUCUACAGGUUGAGUUUCACACAGAUAUAGCAUUUCAUUUUAUUUUAAAUCUAAAAAAAAAUCCAGGUAUAUAAAGUACACUAUUCUGGAUUAGUUUUAAAUAACUCUUAACAUGCAAAAACACUGGUUCUGUGACUGUAUGUAACCUUUAUGUUUGUAUUUUGUCUCCUAUUGAUCUAUGCAUAUCCAAAAUAAUAGGAGUGCUGUCUCUGGUACACACUAGUGACUAACUCACACAUAAGCCGAAGUUCAGAGGUUCAUAUUAGUGAAGCUUAUUUAUAUUAAACUUUGACCUCUUGUUUUGACUAUGAA